CUGAAAGUCUGUACAUUUUGUCAAUAAACCUGAUUUUCAAUUGGGGUUAAAUAAUUUUGAUUACAACUGUAUAGAAACACACAGAAAUAUACACACAAUAUGUGAGAGGAGAAUUGAGAACUAUAGAACGGUUGGGGGGAAAAGACAAUGUUACUUAUUCAGAAAUUGUAUUUCUUUACAACACUCUGUUAUUUUUGUAAUUAAAUGAUUACAUUAAAUAAUGCACAUACCAAAAAUGAAAACACAUUUAAACAUUUCUUUUCAGGACAUCCAAAAUACUUGAAUUGUGGAGGUGUAUUUUUUCACAAACCACUUGGUAGUGAAAGAGAGAAAGUACAACAGUGGCCUUGCUUUAAUAUUUUUGCAUAAGCCUUUAAAAUUAUGUAAUACUUUUGGAUACAAUUUAUGGAUACAAUUACCCUGGUGUAGAGGUGCUCAAAUGUAUCAUACAGUAUGCAUCAAUGAUCACCAGUCUUUACAUAAAAAAACCUGAACAAUGAAUAUCCAAAAAUGUUGAGAAAUGUGCAAUACAAACACUCACAAACUCCCAUCAUAGCAGAAAAUGAUGCCUUAUAUAUUGUUUUCUUCCCCAAACCAAUUAUAUUAUCAAUUAUGUUUCCAGAAUGUAACAGCAUGCAAAUCAUCUUUAGCCUUAGUAUAAUUAGGAUUUAGGUUUCACUCAAAGUUAAUAAUAACACUGAUUUACAUUCUUUGCACAUUAGCCUUUCCUGUGAAAGACAUUGUACAUUUGGCUUUACGUGCCAUAAUAGAUUUUUCUGAAUGCGUCACGUGACACACACUUAUUUUAUCCUAUGUUGCAGGGUAUCAUUUUGAUUUGAAGGUAUUUACUAAAGAUACAUAUUUGCUGUAACUAAUGUAGUCCAAAUCAAUACAGAAACAUAAGACUUACAGAUGAACAUGGCUAGUUAGAUUUUAUUGAUGUAUUUAACUACUGAUUUACAAGUCUCCGAGGAGGUACCAAAGUGGGUAUGAAACUCAUCAGAUUGAUUAAUUCCUUCACCCUUUAAGCCUUAACCGUGAUGUUGUUUCAAUAAAUAAUCCUCUUUUUUCUCCAUACUUGUAUAUUGAGAUGUUAUUUUUCUUAAUGAGAAAGGAAGGGUGAAGGAUCCUGUCACAUGCUAAAGGUAGGGGUGAGUUUUUCUCAUUCUUUUUUUUUUUUCAUACAGUUUGUUUAAAAAAAAAUCUAUUCCAUACUUGAUGAAAGUAUUAUUAUAUAAAAAAAAAUAUUUAUGAGUUAACAGUUGUCUUUAAAUAGUUCAAAAAAUAUAAGCCUCUGGUGGUCAAUAUCACCCACAGGGGAAGGUUUAUUCCUUACCAUGCCGUGUCAUGUGUGCUAAGCAGAAAUAAAAAAAAUGGCAAAUGGGCAGCUCCCAAUCACAAGUAAUUUGUCUUGCACCCCCCUUGUGCCCCAUAUCACUGUCCCCUGCACCCUCUCAAAGCCUGUGGGUGGGGAAUGGAGCAUUAAUAUUGACAAGAGUAUCUAAUGUCCCCCACCCUAACCACCACACAUGGGUGCUGGAUGGUGGACAUGCCGUUGUCCAAUCCCCAAUAAACAGUAGGCUUUUCAAGCCUUUAGUAUCCAUUUAAAUUAAAAACUUCCUAGCCCAUUAAAUUAAUACCUGUAAAAGUUUUUAAAAAUCAUACAUACCAAUUUUCUUUCUUCUAAAAGCGCUGCACUCAGCUCAUUAAAUAGGGAUUUUAGUCCAUCUAUGGUAAAAAUUGGGAUGAACAGGGUAAAAUUCCUGCUCACACCAAGGAGACCCAGGUAUCAAUAGACACCUGGGCUCUUCUCUGUCAGCUGGGGCCAUAUUCAGUCUCCCCAGAUUGACAGAUGAGCAGCAUGCAGCACUCACAGUGGGCACUGCAUACAUUCCUUUAAACCAAUUGAAGACACAGUGGGAAACAUGCUUUCCUGUAAUAUUGAAACCAGCUAAUAGAUGGUGGUCAGUUACCACUCUCCACUGUUUCAACCAGGAAAUUGGUGUUCUGACAUCAGUACUUAUAUCAGCAGAGGGUUUCCCUAGGGUUAGAUGUAGGGUUAGCUAUUAGGUCAGUACCAGGUUAAUGGUGGUUUAUUGUUAAUGCUGUGUUGAGGUUAGGGAUAGUAUAGGGUUAUGGUUAGCAGUAAGGUUAGGGAAGGUUAGGUUAGGUAUAUGGUUAGCGUUAGUGUAAGCACAGGGUUAUGGGUAAGGUAUUAUUAUUAUUAUUAUUAUUGCCAUUUAUAUAGCGCCAACAGAUUCCAUAAUGCUUUAAAAUAUUAUGAGAGGGGGGAUUUAACUAGAAAUAGGCAAAUUACAAGAAAACUUACAGGAACAAUAGGUUGAAGAGGAUCCUGCUCAAAUGAGCUUACAGUCUAUAGGAGGUGCGGUAUAAAACACAUUAGGACAGGAAAUAGCAAUCAAAUAAGGUGGGAGUGAAGCAGAAUUGGAGGAGAGAGUAAAGUGCUGCCCUUUAGGAGAGAGCAAGAGACAGGUAUGUGAGGUAGAGGUUACUCUGGGAGGCCAUAGGCUUUAGAUACAGUGUUAGUAAGGGGUUGAUAUAGGGUUAUCAUUAAGGUAUAUUAUGCUUAUAUUUGAGGCUAUUAACAAUCAGCUAUCCAUCAAUGUUGAGCUGUUUUUAUUUAGUUGCACAGGAUGUGUAAAAAUUAUUAUAAGCACAAAUGUGAAAGAAAUAUUUUGUUCACGUUUUUUUAUUCAAACAUAUCAGACAUUAAAAGAAAUCCUGUUCUGUCCUUUAAAAAGAUUUAAAAAAAAAAAUAAUAAUAAAAAAAAAUUAUAUAUAUAUAUAUAUAUAUAUAAUAAAAAAAAACUAUAAAAUAUAUAUAAUAUUUAUGGGAGCACUUAAAGUUUCUUUUAUUUUCCAGAACUUGUACACAUGACUCUGUUCUUAAGUGGUUAAUGCAGUAUGUAUCAAUCUUGAAUCAAUUUCACAUGUUGAAUUGUUUUAAAGUAUCAUAUGAACAUGUUUUUUUCCUCCAAGAGGGUAAUUUAGUUAUUUGCUGAUAAGAUUACUUUAAUAUAUUUAUAUAGCUAUUUUAUUACAUGGAUACCCUACAUACCAUGACCAAGCAAAGACAUUGCAUUAAACUACCAAAGAGGCAGAUAAGUAAGUAUUUCAUAUUUUUCUGAAACCUCUUUUGUAAUGCAAAACAAAACACAAAAUAUAUCAAAUUCACAGAAUCUAAUCAAAAUGUGAUAAGCAAUCUUUUCUUUAUAGCUACUUCAAAUUCUAAUUGAAACAGUGCCAGGCUGUAGUGUACAUUGAAUGUGAUUUGUUUUUAUAUUAGUCUAUGUUUGGUGUACAAAACAUAAAAAAAGGAAACCAAGUUAUCUAACUCAUAUGCAUACUUUAAAUUUUAUUGAAAACGAAUGAAAUCACAUGUAUUUUCUAUAGAUAGUUGUCCUUGCGUUAUAUUUAAGGCUGCAUUGUAGGAAAAAAUGUGUAUGGACUUUGAAAGCCAUAUUCUAAUAAUAUUUAUAUAUAUUUUUUUUUUUAUAAACCUUUUAUCUACCAAUAAAUACUCUUAUAUAAGAGGUAUGCAUCCAUACACUCUAUGUGUGUAUAAUUGCAUAACAAAAUGUGUUGCUUUGCCAAAUGUGCAUUUAGUUAGUCUUAUCAGCAACAGAUGAAAGUAACAUCUCUAGCAACUGCCCAAGCAGUGAACAGAUUCUGAUUGAGCUAGACUGACUUGUCAAAGAACAUUUACCAGCACAGAUCAUUGACCAACAUGGCCCAAGUGGAUAUUGUUUCAAAAUCCAGUUUGAGUUGUUAUAUUUACUGCUACCAGCUUCAAGAGAACUCCACCCCUAUAUUCAGGCAAUUGGCCAAUUACACAUUAUGUUGUUAUUAACCUCUUUAUUGUAUCUUCCAUUACAUAUCAUGAUUUGUUAAUUAUCUGCUAUCUCCUAUCCAUCUGCAGAGGAACAAGGAGUAUUUAACCUUUUAAGGACACAUGACGGAAAUAUUUCAUCAUGAUCCCCUUUUAUUCCAGAAGUUAUGUCCUUAAGGGGUUAAAACUCAGUCUGUUGAUAAUAUAUUUGCACUCCUAAUGAUCUUGUAGGUUAUAAAAUAUAUAAGGGUCUCUGUUUCUCUUCAUUAAAUAGGGAACUUAUAACAUACUGAGUAGUCAUAAUAGCCUCUCAGCUAUUUGAUUGUGAUCUUGAUACAACUCACUAAUCUCUGAACAGACCAUGAAAGGGGCACUCCAUGUAUCAAAACAACUUCAUUUAAAUGAAGUUGUUAUUGUGCUAGGAGGCCCCUGGACACACUCUCAUCUUCAGGGGUUAAACCAUUAUCUUAAUUAACCCCCAGAUGGCAUCGGGCUUCUGAAAUUUCAGUACACCACUGAUUGGUUGAGAGUGGUCAGCUGGCACUCUCAGCCAAUCAGUGUCUCCCCAUUCACAAAAUGACCUGAAAAAGUGUUUGCCCAAGCCAGUUUUGUGAAUGGGGAGUCAGCUGACCUCUCUCAAUUAAUGGGGCCCUUGCUCGGAGGCACUCUGUGCUUCCUGAAACUGUAAAUGUGAUAAACUGGAUGCCACCGGGGAGGGGGGUUAAGAUCGGCACUGGAGGCAACUUUAGGAGUGGAAUAACCCCUGAAGGCAAGAGUGUUCCCAGGGGCAUUCUGGUACCAUAACAAGUUAAUUUAGAUGAAUCUGUUAUGGUGCCUUCUGCCUAGAUUGAAGUUGCUUUUUCUCAUUUGUUUUUUUUUUAAAUCAAACUUAAAAAAACAUUUAAAUAUAUUGAAUACAAAAUAAUAUUGUGUCUGUGUAUUUGCCAGGAAUUUGGCUAGCACAUGGAAGACAUGUGUGGAGGAAAUGCUAUAUUCCUAUUGUUGUUUUUAUGUUGUAAGGAAUUUGGGAGACUAAGCUUGCCAAUGGAAAUUAAGAUGCACAUACACAUGCUCUGUGUCAAAACAAUUUGACUCUGGAAGUUAACAAUUUUGCUUCUUGAACGUGCUCCAACAAUGGACAAGAACUUGGAUGAACUUAAAAGGAAUUGCAUUAAAGAAGCGAUUGCAUUCACACGUUUUUUGCAAGCUGACAGUAUUUAAUUAAGACAGGAUCAAUGUUUCUGUCUACACUUGUACCAUCAUCUUGAUCCUUUUAAUUUAAUCAUCAAUAUCAAAAGAACAAAGGUUUAGUGCAGGUGUAGAAACUGCUAUGGUAAGCAGCCUCUUAUCUUAUAUUGUGCAAAGAUAGUGUACCACAUUAGUCCUAUAGAAACACAUUAUUAGAACAGCCAACGUUGGCUGGGUUUUUGUAUUUACCAAUCGGGCACUGAAAAUAAAUAUGUAGGUUUGUAAAAAUUGCUUAUGAUUGUGUUUGUUAAAUCUAAAUUAAGGCUUAGAACAGCUAAAUGAUAGAGUAGAGAUACAUUUUAUGUAUGGGUAUUUACUUUCUAAUUCUUCGUAGAAAUAAAUGUUUUUUUGACAUGCGGUGCAGAAGGAAGGUUAAGUGAAAACGUUCCCCUUAACCAAAUGUUCCUUGAAGUCACAAGAGAUUUUCAAAAGCUAGACACUAAUACAUCCCGUAAUUAAGAAAUAAUGGGCUUUCCGAAGUGAUUUAUUUCCAUAGAUUUAAUGUCAGUACUGAAAAGCUCCAGUUUAAAUUGUUGCAGACCUCAAGUGUAACAAUGUGAUAAAUCACCUAUGAGACCAAUAAGAAUAAACACAAAAGACCAGGCUGAAUGUUUGUGGCUUUUAUUAAAAUAAUAAUAAUAAUUAAAUAGAAAAAAAAAAUUGUUUCUGAAAUCUAAACAUUACUCGAAAAUCACUUACAUGCUGAGAUUUUGUUGCCAACACAGAAAUAUUGUAAUUUACAUGAAAUGUCUCAUUUGGAUAUUCUAAAGAAUAAGGAAUCUGAUAUUUAUUUUGCACGAGUCCAAGUUUCAUUACAACAAAGAUGCAUAUCACAUCCCACACGUAUUUUUGUUUUAUUGGAUAGUUAGAGUUUAUUAUUUUAUCAUAAUGAACCAAAAUACUAGAUCGAUUAAUAGAUCUGUCUGUCUGUCUAAAGAACUGAAUACACAUAUACUUUCCUAAGGUAUGCUACAACAUGUCAAAAACCUGAAUAAGCAAAUACUUGGCAUGCAUUAAACAUUCGCUCUUGAAGUGGCUAUUAAAAUAAUAGCAGUUGGGGGCGGGGCCUGACAGCCAAAAUGGCCGGACGUGCUCUCUAAGAGCUCUUACACCGGAGGGCACAAAAACGAUAAUCCUGGCAAGCCGAAUUAAGCCAACAGCCCACGGUGUCCAGAAACCGAUAUAGAACCACACGAGGAACAAAACGGUACAGGUCAUGCACCACAGCGAUUCACGAGCACAUGUACCGGCCAUGCGGCCUAUACUGCAGAGGAGCCUGAAGCCUGGAGGAGGCGGCCGAUCGCCCGGCAAGGGACCUGCUUGCAAGCGAGAACUACAAGAUGCCCAGCUACCCCCCCCCCCUCUGGACCGGUGGGGGAUAUCCCGGUCCUCGCUGGGGACGAUUACCCCAACAGCAAGACACGAACAAGCGACAACACAUGCGGGUAAACGGGACUGCCAAGGCCCAAACAAGAUGGCGCCACAGGCGCGACAGGCGACAAAAGGCUCCCCUACCAAACCACCUCUUCACACGUUGAACUUCUUUGAACGUCUCUGCACCAGCCUAUGGUAUGGGCUCCGCAAUAGGCGCCGGCUCUUCAAACAAGCGAGAAAAGAAGCGGCGGCAUGGAUUCGUCCUGCCACCCGACGCCUAUUGAGUGGUUGCCCGACCCGAGUCCCCAAAAGGGCCCUCAGACAGAGAAGAGGCGGGAGUUCAGAAUGGGGGAGAGAGGAGAACGGCUCCCCAGGCUCCAACAAUAGUAACCACAUAUGGCAGCACAAAAUAGCCACACACACCCGACCAACUCACCGCCCAGCGGCAUCUGAAGCUUCUGACCAUUGCAGCAUGUCCCCACACUUCUGGACACACGCUGAACACUCAUACCAAGCACCUAUCACCCCGGGGGCGACCCGGCACCAGCAGCAAGGUACAGCCAAAAGACCCCAUCAACUCCUGCACAUUCAACGAUCGCAAACAGAGAUCCAGGGGCACAGACAACGGGGAGCUGUGGGACCACAUCUUUCCCAAAGACUGGACCGUGAUCUGCCCCUCACAGGCAUAGGCUAAGCUGAGCUGACAAGUGGAAUUCUCUGGGAAUUACUAUUGUCCAAAUAUGUUUUUCUUCGGAACGCUGAUUUGAUUUUUAUUUAUUUAUUUUUUAAUUAUUUUUCUUUUCAUGUGAUUAUACCAGCAGUCCUGAUAGCUGAUAUAUCUCUUUUCUUGACUCUCGAUUGAUAAUGCCUUUAUCUACCACCCCAAGGGGGCCCCCUAGGGUGAGCAUGCUGACAGCCCAGAAAUAAGCAAUACGUUUUCUCCAUAUCUUAAUAUGCUGUUUCAAUGUGGUUUAGCACCCCUUUACUGUGGUCAUCCCACUGCAGCUUCAGACUACAGUGCUACUUAAACCCAAGAGCAAGCAGCUCAGACCCAUUGUGGGACAGGGAAAACACAGGGAGCAUAGUGGGGUAUUGGUCUACUUAAAUAAGCGUGUAUUGCAUAGCACCCCAAAGUUCUAGCCAUAUACAAACCGAAUCAAAAGUAUGCCUCCUCACCAUAGUUUUACUCGUCCCAUAGCACUCAAACCUAUACCAGUUCUAGUAACCCCUCGCAGUUGGUUUAGCCUGUCUUGAACCCGCGCAUAGUUGCCAAACAUUACGUACCCAAAGUUAUGCAUGUCUAACUGUGAAUGCUUCUAAAUAAGUUAUGAUUAACAGAUACUAUCUGCUACUAAUCUAUGUUAAACAAGACUUCAUCUCCUAACUAAAAAUUGUGCAAGUGCCAAUGUAUACUCCAUUGUUACUGAUGUUUGCAAAGCAUUAGGAUUGCCUUUGGGGUACCCCGUGCACAUAUGUUAUUCCAAAUGCACUGCAAAAAUAAAGAAUUUAAAAAAAAUAAAAAUAAUAGCAGUUAAAAAAACUAUAAAAAAACAACAGGAAAGCUAUUAUCUGAGCAGGUACACCAACUUGUGAGGACAUCGACUGGCAGAUAUCAAUUUUCAACUUAUUUAUAGCAAUUGUCUAAUGGGUAAAACAAAAGUCAUAAGUUUUACAAAGUUUUGAUGAAGUCAUUUAAAGAUGCUUUUUUUGUACAUAUGAAAUCCAUAUGAAAUCCACAAAAUUCUAAUCAAUGUUCUCAUCGUUUUUCAACUUAACAAUUGUUUUUUUUUUUUGUCUUAAUAACCAUUUAUUCUAACAUUAAUCCCUCUAGCUUGCUCAGAGUAGAUUUGUUUCAAUUAAAGGGACACUAUAGUCACGAGAACAACUACAGUUCUGGUGAGUAUAAUAGCUCCCUUCAGGCAUUUUCAUGUAAACACUGCCUUGUCAGAAAAAAGGCAGUGUUUACAUUGCCCCUAGGGACACCUCUUAGUAGCCACUGGAAGGGCUUCCUAGCUCAGGGCUGCACAGUAAGCAGCCCUGCCGUUCAGUGUCCCCACGCUCUGCAUGGAGAAGUUGAAUUUUCCUCAUAGAGAUGCAUUGAUUCAAAACGUCAUUUGGCCCGGCCUUGUGCAGAUUUUAGCCAAUCCAAUUGAUUGGCUAAAAAUUGGCCAUCCUGAUGAUGUCACAAAGGGGGCGGAGCCAGCGCUGGCAGACCCGCCCGGCGCUGCAAAUAAGGUGAGUUUAAACUUUUAUAGGUGGGCUAAAGUGCGGGGCAAGCCACCUAAAUGGUGGGUUUAGCACUAUAGGGUCAAGAACACAUGUUUGUGUUCCUGACCCUAUAGUGAUCAUUUAAUCCCUUUUCACCCACCUCUGAUACAUGCACUCCUUACAUUGGAUGUCAAAAUCUUUCAAAAACAAUUUAAAUGAUCCCAACACAGAAAACUACUUUUUUUUUUUUCCUUUUCCCUCAUGUUCAACUUGCACAGUGGAAUGAUUUCCAUCAGACUAACUCCAACAAGAUUUGAGAGCAUUCACCAUUGUACAAAACAAUACUCACACAUCAUCAGUCAAAAAGCAAAUACUUCAUCUCCACCCCAUAUCUUCCCCUAACCUUGCUAUAAGGCACCUCUAUCCAAAAAGUUCACUACACUCUUUGAUUCACUUGACACUAAACCUUUCCUUGGUAUUCACGUAUUCAUUUUCAAGAUUUGUCCAAUACAUCUUAAAUCUUCACUAGCUCACAAUGCAAAGAUUGGUGGCAUGUUCACACAGCAACCAAAAUAUGUAGUCAAUUACUCUUGUAUGAAUAGGUUAAGAAUAGGAGCAUAAGCAGUUUAGAUUGCAAGUAUUAGUAAAUUGUGAGGCAUAUAUUUCAUAUAAAAGAAUUUAGGUUUUCAUUUUUUAGCAUUAGAUAGUGUGGUUAUGUAAAACAUAUAACAUAGACAAUGUCAAAGUAAUUAAAAUGUUUACUUGUAUCUACGUGUGUAUGGUGUAUACAAAUUUGAUAUGGAAUUCUCCUUUAAUUAUCACAGUUAACAACUUUACUCGAAAAAGUGUGUUUUGCUUUGCAUAUGCAAGAAAUUGUGGUUUUAUAUCACAACAUUCAGUUACUAUGUAGUACUGAGAAAACUAUUUGGCCUAGGGGUAGUUUGGCAUGCAAGUAGAUAUGGUGUGGUUAUGCAAAUGUUUCAUUGUGAGAUAGGUGAGAUGACUUAAUAUUAUCCAACAUCUUUUUUUUUUUUUUUUUUUAACACAAAUGUUCACACUUUAAAACGACAAUAUAAACCAGUCAGAGAUUACCUUGGCUACUAUUACUGUUUUGAAACACAAUAGCAAUUUUAUAUAACUAUAGAAGAUAUACUGGAAACUUAAAAUACACACGGUGAGCUAGAUCCAAGGACCCUCUCCCCCCCUGGAUGAGCAAAAGACCAGAAGAGCUGGGGGGUUGAUGACCUAAGGGGGCCACAAACUAAAAUAGAGAUCAGAUGAGUUAUAGGUCCAGGAUCCAGUCCUUUUGCCUAAUAAAAGGUGUUAAUAUCCCAAUAAGAGAAUAAUGCAAAUUUUACAACCAAUGAGUAAAGAAAACAAUGAGCUUCACUCACCUCGUAAAUCAAGAUUCAAAGAACAUCAGCAAAGGUAAUAAUCCAAAGAAACUAGACACAAUUACACAGCUGUCAUUACUCUUGUGAAACAAAAAAUAACGUUAAAGGACAAGUAAAUUAACCCCUUAAGGACACAGCUUCAGAAGCUUGACUUACGCUUAAUGACACAAGCAAUUUUUGCAUUUUCUUGCUGUUUGCGUUCAACUGCAAUUUGCAUCUCUCUCAUUUAUUGCACCGACACAUAUUAUAUACUGUUUUUAAAGGACAGAAAGGGCUUUAAUUUGAUAUAACAUAUAUAUAUAUAAAUGCUUACUUAUUAUAAAAAAAAUACAGAAAAAUGCAAAAAAAAUGAAAAAUAUUGGGUUUUUUUUACAGUUUUUGCAAUAAUAAUGUGUGCAUAAUUAGUGCAGGUUAAGGAAAGUAAUUGAAAAUAAAUUUAUUUAUUUGUUCUGAUUUACAGAAUAUAUAAUGUGUCUGGGAUUUUAAGUUUUUUUUGGUAGUUACAGGUCACAAAGCACAAGGAGUAAAAUAAAAUUUUAAUGUGGAGCGAUUUUAGAAUUUGGUAUGUUUGUCUUGUAAGCUUAAUAGCCAUAAAAGAAAACAAAAUUGCCACACAAAAGUAUAUAUUUAUAUAAAGUAGACAUCACGGGCUAUUUACCUAAGGUUGUUUUGACACUUUCUACGUAGCCAUUUCACCGCCAACCUCUGCUAAAUAUUGGAGUAAAAUUGUGUUCUUUUUGGUUUUUGGCACACAAACUUAUAACAGAGAAAUUCUCGUGUAUAUUUUGUGAAGUUGGUGUGUGCUAUUCCUGUACAAAGUUUUAUUUUGUGUUCAGUUAUAUCUGCUGAGUAAAAUGACACCCCCAUUGUAUGUCUUUUGCACUAUUUCGUGAAGUUACAGUGCCAUACAGGAUACCUGUCCUUUUCAGUAUUCACAGUAGAAUUUUGAGAGAUUAAUUUAAUGAGCCUUAGCUUCCAUUUGGGGUAUUAUAACAGUUUGACUGUUCAAAAAAAACCCACAAAGGCCUACCAUUUGUAAAAGUAGACACUCCAGGGUAUCUUAUAAGGUGCAUAUUGUGCCUUAACAUGCCCCCAUUUUUUCACCAAUAUAUGCCAAAGUAUAUGGUAAAAAAAAAUUUUGUGCAUUUUUUACAUACGGAUUGCAUUUUUGCUGGGCGUUUUGUAUAUUUCAUAUGUGCCACUAAGUUCAAACCCCCAAAUUAUGCUCAGCUAAGUCUUCUGAGUAAAAUGACACCCCAUAUGAAUGUCUUUGGCACUAUUUCGUGAAGCUACAGUGCCAUAUAGGAGACCUGUCCUUUACAGUAUUCACAGUAGAAUUUUGAGAGAUGGAUUUAAUGAGCCUUAGCUUCCAUUUGGGGUAUUAUAACAGUUUGACUGUUCAAAAAACCCCCACAAAGGCCUACCAUUUGUAAAAGUAGACACUCCAGGGUAUCUCAUAAGGUGCAUAUUGUGCCUUAACAUACCCCCAUUUUUUCACCAAUAUAUGCCAAAGUAUGUGGUAAAAAAAUUAUUUUGUGCAUUUUUUACAUACGGAUUGCAUUUUUGCUGGGCGUUUUGUAUAUUUCAUAUGUGCCACUAAGUUCAAACCUCCCAAAUUAUGCUCAGCUAAGUCUUUUGAGUAAAAAUACACCCCAAUGAAUGUCUUUGUCACUAUUUUGUGAAGCUACAGUGCCAUAUAGGAGACCAAGCCAUAUCCGUUUUUACCAAACUUUGAAUUUUGACGCUGGGCCUAUGUGCAAUUUCCAAGCAUCUUCGCAGGUUUUAAAUUCAAUCUACCCCACAAAGGCCUACCAUUUCUUAAAGUAGACACCCCAGGGUGUUUCAAAAGGUAUAGUUUGAACCUUAGCGUGGGAUCAUUUUUCCGCUAGCUUGUACCAGAUGUAGUGGUAAUAAGCAUUUUUUCUGCCUUUUUGACAUACAAAGUGAGUUUGCGCAGCAUAUUUUGCAAACCUUAUGUGUGCUACGACUGUAUAAUACUUCAUAUGUUGCUCAGCUAUGUCGGCUGAGUACAGCAAUACCCCCGUAUGUACCUUUGCCAGGUAUGUGUGGACAUGGGAGGGGCACAUUUGGGACACAGCCAUUCCAUUUUUUUUCAAACUUUGAAUUUUUAUGCUGUGCCUAUGUCCCAUUUUAGAGUAUUUUACCAGGCUAUAUAAUCCAAAUUCCCCAUAAAGCCAUACAAUUUCUUAAAGAAGACAUCCCAGGGUAUUUCAAAAGGCAUAUUUUGAACCUCAGUGUGGGAUCAUUUUUCCGCUAGCUUGUACCAAGUGUAGUGGUAAUAAGCAUUUUUUCUGCCUUUUGACAUACAAAGUGAGUUUGCGCAGCAUAUUUUGCAAACCUUAUGUGUGCUAUGACUGUAUAAUACUUCAUAUGUUGCUCAGCUAUGUCGGCUGAGUACAGCAAUACCCCCGUAUGUACCUUUGCCAGGUAUGUGUGGACAUCGGAGGAGCACAUUUGGGACACAGCCAUUCCAGUUUUUUUCAAACUUUGAAUUUUUAUGCUGUGCCUAUGUCCCAUUUUAGAGUAUUUUACCAGGCUAUAUAAUCAAAAUACCCCAUAAAGUCAUACCAUUUCUUAAAGAAGACAUCCCAGGGUAUUUCAAAAGGCAUAUUUUGAACCUUAGUGUGGGAUCAUUUUUCCGCUAGCUUGUACCAAGUGUAGUGGUAAUAAGCAUUUUUUCUGCCUUUUUGACAUACAAAGUGAGUUUGCGCAGCAUAUUUUACAAACCUUAUGUGUACUAUGACUGUAUAAUACUUCAUAUGUUGCUCAGCUAUGUCGGCUGAGUACAGCAAUACCCCCGUAUGUACCUUUGCCAGGUAUAUGUGGAUGUUGAAGGGGCGCAUUUGAGACGCAGCCAUUCAGUUUUUUCUAACUUUGAAGUUUUACGCUGUGUCCAUGUUCCAAUUUGGAAUAGUUUAGACGGUUGGUUAUUGAAACUUCCCCACAAACACAUACUAUUUAUUAAAGAAUACACUCUGGGGUAAUUCAAAAGGCAUAUUUUGAACCUUGGCGUGGGAUAAUUUUUUCUCUAGUUUGUUUCAGGUGUAGUGGUAAUGAGCGUUUUUAAAAUGUAUUUUUUUACUUUUUAUAACUUUUUACUUUUAAAAACUAGUUUUUAAACUUUUGUUUUGCUUAUAAAUUUUUUUUAAACUUUCCUAAACUUUCUUAAAACUUUUUUACAGAUUUAACAUUUUUCUAAGCUUUUUUUUUUUACCGUUAACCCCUAGCUAGCAGUACGCAGCAGUAACAGUAAAUUCCCCAUUUUCCCAUAACUCCCACCCACCCCAGCUAGCAAAAUAUAUAGUUAUAAAAUAUUUAAAUUAAUUAAAUAAAUUGAACCCCUGAGGGUUAAAAAAAUAAAUAAAAGUUAAUCCACAGGGGUUAAAAAAUUAGAUCACAGUAUAAUACUGUGAUCUCUAUUUGAUCGCUGUAGGCAGUGAUCGACUGGCAGGGAAGGGGUUAAUUUUUAUUUGGACUAGGUAAAGUGUGUUUUUUUGUUUUUAUUACUUAAAUGUUAUUAAAACAUUUUUUUUAAGCUUAAUUUUUUACUUUUUAAAGUUUCUUUUAAAACUUUUUUUUAACGUUAACCCCUAGUUAGCCUAACGUCAAAUCCCCCAAUUCCCCAAUAACUUCCACCUACCCCAGCUAUCUAAAUAUAUAAUUUAAAAAUAAUUUAAUUAAUUAAUUUAAUUAAUUUAACCCCUGAGGGUUAAAAAAAAAAAAGAAUUAACCCUCAGGGGUUAAAAAAAAAAUCAGAUCAUAGUACAAUGUAAUCCCUGCCAAUUGAUCACUGUAGUCAGUGAUCAAUUGGCAAGGAAGGGGUUAAUUUUUUAUUAAAAUGGGUAAGGGGGGGGGGGACUUUAAAUAAACUUUAUUUUUUUUUCCAGCAGGGGGCAGGAUCAGCACUGAUCCGGCUCCCUGCACUUCACACAGAACCCGGAAGUGCAGGGAGCCGGUAGGUAAGUAUUCAGAGCACAUGUGCUCGCUCCGACUUGUGGUCAGAGCGAGCACAUGUGCUGGGCAGCUUGACCGGGUGCUCCCGGUAUGGCUCCAAUGCGGAGGCAUACCGGGAGCACCAUUAACCCCGCGAUCGCCGCGAUAGCGGCGAUCCGGGGUUAAUUUUACCGCGUGACGGACGAGGUCCGUCACCCGUCGUUAAGGGUCUCCCCUGUGUGACGGACCUCGUCCGUCACCCGUCCUGAAGGGGUUAAAAGACUUGGCUUCUUGGUGUUCUAUCAUAUAUAUGUAUGUGUAUAUGCAUGUAUGUAUAUAUAUAUAUAUAUAUAUAUAUAUUACAUUUUUACUCAUAUAAAUAACACUGAUCAUGAUUAUCAAGUGAUUAUCAGGUGAGGUACUGCUAUUUAUUUAUUGUUUUUGAGAGGGCACAGUUACCUCAAUAUAAAUUACUCCUGCCCGUUUCAAAAUAUCAAUCUUAAAUGUGUUUUUUACUAUACAAUGUAUAUCAACAUGCAAUUGCCUUCAAUUAUGUCUGAGAUGUUUUUGAAACAUGAUUGCUGAGAUGUUUUUGACAAUAGUAUUUUAACAAUCAUUUAAUGGGAUUUAACCCCAUCCCUCUCAAUAAUGUGCAAAUUAAGCAAGCAAUGUUAAAUAAAAUAAUUCCCUUUUUUAUUAUGCUCUUUAAUUUAGUACAGCUUUUUUUUUUACCCUGUUGAGAAAUUAAUUUCCCUGCCAGAGUUGCAUUUUUUUCUCUCUUCAUCUCUGCAGAGAGACUGUUAGCAUACCCACAUAUAAGAGUACACUUUGAACGACAAACUUUAAUGCUGCAUUAUGGCAGCAAACAAGGGGAAAGCUUUAAAAAAUGCAAGUGCAUGUCAGAGAUUGUUUACAUUCAUCAAUAAUACUUUAAAAAUAAUUUGUUGCACAAAUAAUUGAUGUAACUGUUCCUAUUGUAUUUGGGCAUUAUUUUAACAUUUGGUUGACUUUUUUUUAGUAAAACGUAUUUCUAAAAAUUCCUUACCCAUACUCAUGAGUAGGGUAUUUAAACAUACAAGUCUAGACAAAGCAAUUGCUUUGUCAGGCUAUUAAAAUAUACUGGGACUGGAUAAAUGAGUAAUUUGUUUCAACCUAAUUUUAUAUUCAGAAAAGGCUAGUGCUGCAAAUGCCUAUUUUUUCUGAAUAAGAUUACUGUAAUGUACUUGACUUGAUUUUUAUUCAUCAAUUGUUUGGAAAGUGCCCUGCUCGGUGACCUUUGUUAGUCAGCCUGUCAAAGGGAUGCUCUAAGCAAAAUAUUAUCACCAUAACAGCUCAGUGAAGUGAUUAUGCUGCAAACAAGCUAUGGGCAGCAUCCUCUAGAAUAAUAGGAUGAGAACAUUGGGCUAACUGGUCCCCAGUAUCCUCUGCCAAUCACCAGUUUUGAAAAACAAAUACAUUUGUAUAUUUACAUUAUCACUGUGGCUAAGAGGGAGCUGUCUUUGAAUGCCCAGAGAACUGCUGUGGUUUUUGUUUGUUUUGUUUGUUGCCAAAACUCUGUGAUUUCACAUAAAUGGAUGGAGCCAAGAAACAAUUAGCAACAUUUGAACUGUAGUGGUUGUGUAGCUUAAAAUGUUCCUUAACUAAAAUUAAAUGUUUCACUUUAUUAGAGACAAACACGAAUAAAAAGAAAAAAAUCUUGUAACAUACAAACUAUCUUUCUUUUUGGAUCAACAAAUAAAUUAUACGAUUUAAGAUUAAGUGUGCAAUUAACAGAUUAUCUAUAUUUAUUAGUACUAAUCUCUUUUCCUCUGGAGUCAUAAGUUUAAGGCAGUUUAAACUGCAUUCAUUCUAAACCAAUUUGUUCAAAAUUACAUCAGCUGACAGUAUCAAUUCAUUGCUUAGUGCUGGCGAUUAAGGUUUUAAUUUGUUUGUUUGUUUUACCCCUUAAUGUUCACUUUAAAAAUAAAAUGUUAAAAAAUGUCAUAUGCACUUCGGUAUGACCAUGCCACAUUAUAAUUUGUGUGCACUCUCUUAGAUUCAUCUUGUGAUACUAUAUGAAAUAAAUAUUUACCUGACUCCUCUGUAUUUCAUGACUUUCUUUUUUGUGGUUUUUUUUUUUUGGGUGGGAGCGGGGGGGCUGGAAUACUAUAUAAUGCUGUGAUAUGACUUUUAUUGCAACCCUUCUCUUUUUCUCAAUAAAGAUAUGUAACCUGAAUUCUGCAUUAGAAUAAAAAUGUGGAUGUGUUCAAACUUCUGCUUUCUGCUUAACCCCUCCAAUAUCCAAAUCAAGUAUGAACAUUUUUUAUUUUCACGCAUUUUGGAGUAUAAAAUCUAUGGUUAAAUAGUUACAUAGUUAUCGAGUUAACUAGGUUAAAAAAAAUACUAAAGUCCAUCAAGUUCAACCGUGACACUCAUUUUUUAAUCUUGUGGAGUCAAAGGAUGGCAUUUUCAAUUAUGUCACAAAAAGGGAAAAUAAUAAUUCUUGACUCCAUUAUGGCAAUCAGAUUUUUCCUUAGAUCAUAAACCUGUUUACAUACAUAUCAAUUGUAUUCUUUAAUAUUCUGGUAAUGCAAAAAAAAAUUCAAGUAUUUUUUUUUUUUAUUUAUCUAUAGAACCUGAUAACACAAUCUCUUUAGGCAGAGAAUUCCAUAUCUUUAUUUUUCUUACUGUAAAGAACCCUUUUCCUACUGUAAGCAAGAACUCCUUUCUUCCAGUCUGAAUGGGUGACCUCUUGUAUAAUGAACAGGUUAGCACUUUACGGUUUGUACUUACCCUGUAUACAUUUGUAUAGUACUAUCACAUCCACUCUGAGUUGCCUUUUUUAUAAAGAAAACAAUUCCAGUUUUUCUAGCCUUUCCAUUUUUUUCCAUUCUCAUUAGUUUUGCAGUUUGCCUCUGUACUUUUUCUAGUUCUGCAAUAUCCUUCUUUAAAACAUGUGCCCAAAAUUGCACAGCAUAUUUAAGUUGGGGUCUUACCAUCAAUUUGUAAAAAAGCAAAGUGAUAUUUGGAUCAUGCGAAUAAAAAAAACAUCUUUUAAUAUAUGGAAGCACAUUACCAGCUUUUGCAACAGCAGACCGUCAUUGCAUACUGCUGCCUAGUUUGUGAUCUAUAAUUGUUCCCAUGUGCUUUUCAUUUAAAGGACCAUUAUAGUGUCAGGAAAACAAACGCGUUUUCCAGACAAUAUAUAAUCCAUAGGUCCCCCCACCCUCAGGGCCCCCCUCCCGCUGGGCUGAAGGGGUUAAAACCCCUUUAGUCACUUACCUUUAUCCAGCGCCAGGCUUCCUUGGCGCUGGUGAUCUCUCCUCUCCCUCCGACGUCAGCUCCCGAGUGGAGCUCAAUGCGCAUGUGUGGCCAGAGCCGCGCGUGCAUUAAAAACGCAUAUAGGAAAGCAUUUCUCAAUGCUUUCCUAUGGACGUUCUGUGUGCUCUAUGUGAUUUUUGUCGGGGAAGUGCCUCUAGCGGCUGUCAGGAAGGCAGCCACUAGAGGCUGGAUUAACCCUUCAAUGUAAACAUAGCAGUUUCUCUGAAACUGAUCUGCAGGGUUAAAACCUGGGUGACCUGGCACCCAGACCACUUCAUUGAGCUGAAGUGGUCUGGGUGACUAUAGAGGUCCUUUAAUGUUAUUCCUUACUCUACCCCAUUCAAUGGAUAAUUGGCUUGUGAGUACCUUAUUCCAAAAUACAUGACUUUACUUUUAUCUGUGUUGAAUGUCUUCUGCCACUAACCUGCACAGUCAUCCAAUUUAUUCAAAUUCCUCUGUAGAGAAGGUAUGACUGUAUCAGACUAUAUUUUUUACCUAGUUUUGUGUCAUCUGCAAACACAGACAAAUAAUUUUAUGGCAAGACAGGAGGCUUCAUAUUUGCUUAUCUUUCUUUACUGAAACUCCCAGCAGCAAAUAAAAAGUUAACAUGAGUGUAAAAAAUUCAACCAAUCAGAAUGCAUAAAAGUAAUAUACAGUGCCAUCAUACUCCCAAUUCCUCUCUCUUUGCUGCUUGCUUCCCAGGUGAGUCUAUUCAGAUUACAUUGCCUUUGAUGGUUUAGUUUGAUUAUUACACCUACGAUAUCUAUACAUUUAUUUAUGUAUUUAGUUUACAUUUUUACUUGUGUAUCUUACAUCACUUGCUCUAGGUUUCUAUACCUAUCACAACCUUAUUUUUUUAAUUGUUACCCUUCAUCACUGCUGUGAUUUUAUUCCCUUUUUAGGUUUUUAUUUGAUGCCCUUUUAGGGUUUUCUUCUGCUGGGUCAUUCUCAAAAAUCCACGGUUUACUCUUAAUUAGAGGCCUUUUUCACAAGGCCUUUCUGAUUGACCUGCCUUCCCAUAUCCCCAUAUUACAUGGCGGCCGCGGACUCCAUUUCCCAGGGAGCUGCAACACGAUUUUUGCACCCUUUUUUCUCAGGAGCUUUUCUUCCUCUGAUUCGUGUCAUUUCUGACUCAAUCUCUCCUCUCCCUGAUAGUCGCGGUGGCUAUAUAGCUUGUCAUGCCAUUUUCCUGCUUUUUCUCAACUGGCACCAACAGUCGGAGCUGUGUGCUCCUCCACGCACCCUCACAGCGGUGAGAAGUUCUAUUACCCACAUUUCUUCUACACUUUUGGUAAUACCAAUUUAUCCAUCUCUGAUUGCAUAUAUUCUUUUUUCCACAGAUUUUUUUUACAAAGAUCUGUCUGCUUCUUGUAAAGGGCUUUUUGUGGGUGACCCCCAUUAACAUUUAUUGUCCCAAUAUUGAUUUUUUUAGUGGAUGGCCCCCACUUCAUAUUGUAUUUGAUAAUUAAACUCAUCUGAUUUGAUUACUGUGAUUAACCACUUCAUUAAAAAUACUCUGGUGAUAACACCACCUCUUGUUUUAUUAACUGUGGCUGACCCCACUGUUUACAUACACUGUGUAGGCUAACCCCACUAACUGUUGCUGUGGGUGACCCCCACUGUUUUACCUUAUGUGGGUGACCCCCACUAUCCUGUCCCACUGAGCUGCCUCAUAUUUAUCCUAUUAUUGUUCUUGGGUGAACCCCAAUUUUUUUAGGCAGUGUAAUCCUGUGUGAUAAGGUGAAUGGGGUGGUCUGUGAGGGAGUCUAUAUCUCGACAGAAUUGUUCAGAGAGGCAUAUGAUUUUUAACCCCAGGGGGAGUGUAUGUUUCUGUGUAUGUAACCAGAAUGAAUAUUUAGUUAUGGGCCCCUGGGGUGGAGCAUUUGGAGAGCAGGGUGGGCCAGUGCUCCACUCCGCAGUUUAGCGGUUUUCUUGGAAGACUUAGAUCCAGCCCAGGGUUUUGGACUGUCUCCAACCUACUGCUCAGCUGUAGGUAAUCGGCUGCAGCAGUGGGAAUAAAUCCCUCCCUGCUAGGCAGGUAAGGGAGAAUAUUUUGUUUCUCUCUGAAAGGCUGGAAGCAGCAGGCUGGCUAAAUACUGGAGUGCUGAGAGUGGACAAAGACUCUAGGUUGGUGAAACCACUAUUGUUUUGUUUAGUUUAACCCUGAGAGAUAGGGAACCUAAUGUCAGUUAGUGCUCAGAUGAGCCAGGUUUUUGUUUAUAGGGUUUUCUGAUACAUUUGUUUCAUUUACUGCUGUAUCCUGUGUGAACUUACAAAUAAAGUGCCUGGAGUAUUUGCAAUUACAAGGACUGUGCAUGUUUUUGCCCUAGAGGACCGUGCUACCUGCAAAUAAGGAUCACACCUGCUUCUACCUUUUAUUAAAGUGCAUUUAUGUUUAUCUUUGAAUUCAGUGCACCCAUAUGCUCCCACUAGAAUUGAGGUUUUAUUUUCUCAUUAUUUCCUCAUACAUAUUUGUCUUUUAAUUGUAAGCCAACAUGGUCUGAACAUCCAGACCCUGCCAUCUCCUCUGACUUACGUGCUUGGCUUUUCUCUACUAUUGCGGAGUCAAUACCCAAGGCUUUAGCCACCUUUCAUGAACAAGCUUCUACUGAUGCUAACCCUCCUGCACAUAUACCCUCCGAUUCAGAGGAUUCUCACCCUUCUGAUCACAAAGGAGCCCCGCGCAAAGAAAAAAUAGCACCUCUGCAGGCAAGGGCAAAGCUCCGGCAAAAUCCCUUAAAUUGUCCCUGCCACUUACUAUGCAGGAUAACAUGGACCCUCUAGAGGAUUCCACAUCCCGUCUUGCUGGUCAUGUUCUUGAGGAUUAUGGUGUUUCAGGAUUCUGCCACCUCAGAGUUUGUUAA